UUUACUUUCCUCCCUUCUCCAUCUUGCAUUCUUGCAUACCACACACACACACACACACAAUAUUCCAUUCCCACCACACAACGAGGAAUUCACAUACUUUGAGACACAACUCUCUCACACACACACAACUGUCAUGCCCGACGAUAUCCAUGGCUCUAGCGAGCAUGUCUCUGUAGACUUGGGAUCCACAUGCCCUCUCACGCCUCCCUCACCGCAAGACUCUAAAUCACAUUCCACUGAUCCACCCCAUCUCAAGAAUCAGCAACAUGGACAAACGCCUCACAAUGACACGUUUGGCAUUACGCCAGACGACAUUUACGACCUGUUGGAUCCAAAGAAUCCAGAGAAAUAUGCUCAACUCGGGGGGAGGGACGGCAUGCUCCAGAAAUUGCAAGUAGACAUGCACACGGGCUUGCAAACAAAGAAACAAACAUUGGCCCCAGAUGAACAUGCUGCUGAAACGGGCAGCCUGGUUCACCGUCUCAACAAGCGAGCAAGUAGUGUCUUUUCUGGAAAGAGUGCAUCUAAUCAACAACAACGCGUUGCUGAUCCUUUGGAUGGCAAUCUCCGUCGUGAGGCUUUUGGUUCCAACAAACUCCCUGAACCCGUCAGCAAGUCCCUCUUGGCUUUUAUGCUCGAUGCCCUCAAGGACAAGACCCUCAUUGUGCUUUGCAUUGCCGCCGCUGUAGAAAUCGCCGUCGGCAUUUAUAAGUUGACAAAGGAAGAUGACAAGCUUGCCAUUAUCGAUGGCGCUGCCAUCAUUGUCGCUGUCCUCAUUGUCGUUCUCGUCGCAUCCGUCAACGACUACCGCAAACAAGCCCAAUUCCGCAAACUCAACGACUUUAGCAAAUCCCUCUCGGGCGUCAAAGUCCUUCGCGACGGCCGAACCAUCCAAAUCCCCACAGCCUCCCUCCUCGUCGGCGACAUUUGCCUCAUUGAAACAGGCGAUGUCCUCCCCGCUGACGGUGUCCUCGUCCAAGGAUUCAAUGUCGACACGGAUGAAAGCUCUUUGACGGGUGAACCCAUUAAUAUUCACAAGGAUAUUAAAGACGAUCCGUUCUUGUUGUCGGGAACCAAAAUUGUCAACGGCAUGGGUCGCAUGCUCGUCGUUGCAACCGGAGUCAAUUCCCUCAAUGGUCGCUCCAUGCUUGCACUCGAAGUCGAACCCGAAGAAACGCCCCUCCAAGAGAAAUUGGGCAAAUUGGCUGAUGAUAUUGCGAAAUUUGGUGUUGGGGCCGCGACCAUCAUGGUCGUAAUUCUCAUUAUAGCGUACUUUGCCAAAGGAGGUGCGAAACUCCCUGGUUCAGAGAUUGCCAACGAUGUCAUUGCCAUUUUUAUUACGGCUAUUACCUUGGUGGUGGUUGCAGUCCCCGAAGGGUUGCCGUUGGCAGUCACCUUGGCAUUGGCGCAUGCCACGAUUCGCAUGUUGGCGGACAAGAAUUUGGUCCGUCACUUGUCGGCCUGCGAGACCAUGGGCAACGCGACCACCAUCUGCUCUGACAAGACGGGCACCCUCACGCUCAACAAAAUGACCGUCACUGCGGGCGUCAUCACCGACCAUCAAUUCGCACGUACCGACAUUCCCGACGCACUGAAAUCCCAUUUUACCACUGACCACAAGAAACAAAUCCUCCAACUCGUCGCUCGGACCGUCAAUGUCAACUCGACCGCCAGCGAAAGCGUUAAUAGGGAAGGAAAUGUCGAAUUCAACGGUAACAAGACCGAGAUUGCUAUUCUCAAUUUGACGCUUGGACUUGGGUAUCCCUAUAAAGUCGACCGGGAACGUACGACGGUGGUGGAUAUCCAGCCGUUUAGUUCAGAGCGUAAGAGAAUGUCGACGAUCAUGUUGGUAGAUCAUGACGCGGCGUUUGAGGAGCGGUUGGGGAUGAAGGAUGCGCCCGAGGUGGUUGAAUACAAGCGGGCCAUCUUGUGUGUCAAGGGGGCCUCAGAGAUUGUUCUAAAGGGGUGUGAUAGUUACCUUGCCGAGGAUGGAACGAUUAAACCCCUGGACAAGGGAAAGCGAAUGCAAUAUGAGCAAAUCAUCAACACAUUUGCCAACCAAGCCCUCCGGACCAUUUGCGCCGGUUUCAAACCCGUAUCAUCGACAACGCGUCUCUCAUCCGACAAGCCCCCCACCCAAGCCGACGGGCCCCAAACGGACGAAUACGGGUUAACCCUCGUAGCCAUCUUUGGUAUCAUGGACCCGGUCCGUCCUGAAGUCCCUUCGGCUGUCGGGACUUGCAUGUCGGCGGGUAUCACCGUCCGCAUGGUCACGGGUGACAAUAUCGCCACGGCUCGUGCGAUUGCAGCUGAAUGUAAAAUCCUGACAGAGAAUGGAAUCGUCAUGGAAGGCCCCGUCUUUCGACGUCUCACCGAAGCUCAAAUGGAUGAGAUUCUCCCUAAAUUGCAAGUCCUUGCCCGUAGUUCUCCCCUUGAUAAGCAAAUUCUCGUGCGAAACUUGAAACGUCUCGGCGAAACGGUUGCUGUGACGGGAGAUGGUACCAACGAUGCACCGGCCCUCAAGGGCUCUGAUGUGGGUUUCAGUAUGGGUAUUACUGGAACGGAAGUCGCCAAAGAAGCCAGUGAUAUCGUGAUUCUCGAUGACAAUUUUGCGUCGAUUGUUAAAGCUGUGCUGUGGGGUCGUAGUGUCUACGACUCUGUUCGCAAGUUUUUGCAAUUCCAAUUGACUGUCAAUGUGUCUGCUGUCGUUAUUACGAUUGUCACGGCUGUCUACACGACGAUUGCUGCGCUCAAACCCGCGUCAGCACUCACAGCCGUCCAACUCUUGUGGGUGAAUCUCAUUAUGGAUACCCUUGCUGCUCUUGCUCUCGCCACGGACCCCCCGACACCCGACCUCCUGAACCGGAAACCAUCUCGUCGGAAUGAACGAUUGGUGAAUUUCCACAUGGCGCGCAUGAUUGUUGGACAAGCCAUAUACCAGAUUGUUGUGUGUCUGGUGCUUUAUUUUGGGGGACGGACGUGGUUUACGGAUGGGAGUAUUGAUAAGGAAACGGGGAUGCGGAGGAGUACGUCUACGGUUGUGUUUAAUGCGUUUGUGUUUUGUCAAGUGUUUAAUGAGGUGAAUUCGAGGUCCAUUGAUCAAGAUGUCAAUAUUUUCAAGGGCAUCAUCCACAACCGCAUCUUUCUCAGUAUCAUUGCCCUAACGGUCCUCCUUCAAGCGCUCAUUGUUGAAUUCGGAGGCGACGUUUUCCACACGGACGGUCUAACAGGGGCCCAAUGGGGAAUUUGUUUAGCGGUCGGAGCAGGUUCCCUCCCCGUUGGAUUCCUCAUCCGCCUCCUACCCGACUGGCGCACCUCUCCUGAUUCCGAUAUCGAACUCGUACCUAUGGAACCCUCCAAAUCGACAUCAAGCUUUACGAGCCCACCUUCGACACCCUCUCUGACCAACGACAGAUGGAACACUGCCAUCCGUCGUACGCAAAUGCAAUUACGCGUCGUGAAUGCCUUUCGAGCUCCCGAUGGGUCUAUCCCCCCUCCUCGUCCUCAACGCACCUUUUCUGCUCGAUCCGGCGAAGAAUUGUGGCAGCGUGCUCGGAUUGUACCUAAAUCCAUUGGUGUCGUGAAUGCCUUCCGUGGCGGACGACGGAGGAAUGAAGGUGUUACCACACUCCAAAUGUUUGAUCCGAGUUCGGUGAUGCAUGUGCGGAAAGGGGGAGAUGAGGGUAGUGUUCGUACCGUUGAUUCGCAAUUGUAAAAGUGCCGCGUAUGAAAAGAAUGAAAAAGCGGAAUUUUGUAGGGGAGUUUAGUUUUUAUAUUUCAAUAAAGGUGUGUUUUUUUUUGUUGUGAUGGCGGAUUGUUCUGUUUAGAAGAGGCAAAGUAGAGUUUUUGGAGUUUUAGGUUUUUGUGGGGCUGAGGUGUCACGUGUAUGCGCAAUAUGAAUUAUUGAAAAUUACUACAAGUUUUGAAUGGCUCUUCUGCGCAUGUUCGAAUCUCUAUUGUUUAAAUAAUAAAAGUUACAAGUGAGAGUUUUUGGUCUAUUCAAUAUUUCUUGAUAUAUUUAUGUUGUUUUUGCAGUUUGUGAAGGGCGGUGUAGGAUUGUGGUAAGCGUCAAGGUAGAUGACGCACUUUUGGAGGAUGAAUGAAACUUUAAAAAGAUAUGGAUUUGCUGUGAAAAGACUGUAGAUACGCAAACUAGGGUGGUUUGUGCUUCUCAUGGCGAAAGCGAGGGCACAAUACAACAACAAAUGUAAGU